AUGACUGAAGAGUCCGCUGUUAAAGUCUGUGUUCGAGUCCGUCCGCUUAUUGAGAGUGCUGCAUCGGAGGAGGCCAAGCCUGUCCAGCUGUUUUGGAAAGCUGAUAAGAAAUCAAUUCAUCAGAUUGAUGAUGGGAACUCGACCAAAAGCUUUAGUUUUGACAGAGUGUUCAUUGCUGAGGAAACAACCAAACAGCUGUACCAGGGCAUUGCAAAGCCUUUGGUUGUUUCAGCAGUCGAGGGAUACAAUGGAACCAUAUUUGCUUACGGGCAGACGUCCUCUGGAAAGACUUUCACCAUGAUGGGGAGUAAAGAUAUUCCAGGAGUGAUACCUCUAGCUGUUGAUGACGUCUUCCAAACCAUUAAAAAUCGUCCAAAUAAGGAGUUCCUUCUCCGGGUGUCUUACAUGGAAAUCUACAACGAGACUGUGACUGAUCUGCUUGUUGACAGCUGGAAGAGAAAACCCCUGGAAGUCCGAGAGGCUAUCAAUAAAAACAUCUAUGUAGCUGACCUGACUGAGGAAUUGGUAACUUCUCCUGCACAAGCUCUGGCCUGGAUUCUUAAAGGAGAAAAGAAUCGUCACUACGGAAAGACUAAAAUGAACCAGAGGAGCAGCCGCUCACACACCAUUUUCCGAAUGAUCCUGGAGAGCCGAGAGAGGAGCGACCCAGCAUCAGGUGAAAAUGCGGAUGGAGCCAUUAUUGUGUCCCAUCUGAAUCUAGUUGAUCUUGCUGGUUCUGAGAGAGCAAGCCAGACAGGAGCUGAAGGUGCACGUUUCAAAGAAGGCUGCAACAUCAAUCGCAGUCUGUUCACACUCGGACAAGUGAUCAAGAAACUAACUGAUGAAAACCAGAAGGGUUUUACAAACUACAGAGACAGUAAACUAACCCGCAUCCUGCAGAACUCAUUGGGCGGGAAUGCUAAAACAGUCAUCAUCUGCACCAUCACUCCUGUUACGCUAGAUGAGACACUCAGCACUCUGCAGUUUGCCAGCACUGCAAAGAAAAUGAAGAACGAUCCUCAUGUCACAGAGGUGUCUGAUGACGGCGCUCUACUCAAAAGAUACCGUAAUGAAAUCGUAGACCUCAAGCGGCGCCUUCACGAGGUUUCUUCGGUCACACAGACCACAGCGACAGAGAAGGAGGUUCUCUCCCAGCUGCUCCAGGAGAAGGAUCAGCUGCAGAGAGAACAAGAGGACAGAAUCAAAAACCUCACCAAACUGAUCGUCACCAGCUCCAACGUGGUUCUUAUAAAAAAGAAAACGAAUCGCAGGGCCACCUGUCCAGGGAACAUGCUACAGGUCGCCAGGCUGGCUGCCUUCAAAGGGUCUGACCUCAGCUUUGCAGAACCUUUCUAUAAGAAGAGGAAGGCAGACCGCUCCUGUUUAAUGGAGCUGACUGAAGACAAUGAGGACUUUGAUACUCACUGGGGGAUUCCUGAUGAGCCGUCAGAUGACAUGGAGAUGAGUCAGAGCUCUGUUACUACUCGUAGCUUUGGAGACAGUCCCCACGACUCCGUAACUCCUGACCGGAUGCGUGAGCUUUCAGGUAAAGUGUCCAACCUGGAGGUGCAGCUGGAAAUGGAAAAUCAGCAGAAAGAGACAUUAAACUGCAGAGUGGCGGAACUGGAGCAGCAGCUACAAGCAGAGGCUCAGCAGAAACAGGAGGCCUUAGAGAAAAUGCAGAUAUCAGAACAGAGAGCGGCAGAGCUCGACCUCCAGCUACAAGCAGAGGCUCAGCAGAAACAGGAGGCCUUAGAGAAAAUGCAGAUAUCAGAACAGAGAGCGGCAGAGCUCAACCUCCAGCUACAAGCCGAAGUUCAGCAGACACAGGAGGCCUUAGAGAAUGUGGAGAUGUUGGAGUUAAGAGUGGCAGACCUGGAGAGACAACUGGAAGAGCAGACUCGCCUGAAGAGUGAAGCUGAUAAAGAGAUGAGAAAAGAAUUUGAAGAGACCAUCCGGCUUUGUGAGACUCUUGCUGCAGAGAAGGACGUGGUGGCCACUGAGCGAGAUUAUCUCAAGCAGGAACUGGGGAUGUUCAUAGAGCAGACUGACAGCCUGGAGAAAGAGAAAAACGCUCUGUCACAUGAGCUGGAGGAGAAGAGAGAGAUGGAGGAGUUCAAAUCUCUGGAAGAGGACUUCAGGCAAGAGCAAGAGACGGAAUUGCAAAAUGAAAUAUCCAGCACGAAGAAGGCUUUGGAAUCCUCUGAGCUCCAGUGCUUACAGCUGCAGAAAAAACUAGAAACUGUGUCUGAGGAGCUGAAGAAGAAAACUCAAUUUGCAGAAGAUCUUCAGAGUAUGAACGGUAAGGACUUGGUACAGGAGGUGGCGAAGCUUCGUCGCUCCUUGGAUGACGCAGAAGGUGUCAGCAGAGACACAAAGAAAGAGUGGGCCCACCUGCGCAGCCAGAACAUCGCUCUGGAGGAGAUGAAUGGGACUCUGGCUGCCAACCACGACAAGAUGGAGUCCGAGGUGAACAGCCUGCGCUCUCAACUUGCAACAGAGAAAUCACGCUACCAGAAAAUGCAGACUGAUCUCCAGAAAGAGCUGAACGUUGCAUUUGACGAGAACACCAAGCUGACCACUCUACUAGAUGGCAAAGUCCCCAAAAAUCUCAUAGAUAGUGUGGAUCUUGAGAGAACAGUGAGCAACCUGAAUAAAGAGCUGGCAGCAUCUCGUGAAGCAGAGGGAGCCCUCAGAGCUCAGCUGGAGGAGCUGGCUUCACUUCAGGCUCUUCCUAAUAAAGUGGACAACCUGAUGAAGCAGGUGUGUGAGCUGACUGAGGAGCUGUGUGCUGUUCAGAGUCAGAGGGAUGACCUGCUGUCUGCCCAAGCUGGAGGCCAGGAAGAGGCUCAGCAGCUCAGAGACUCCCUGCAGACAUCUCAGGAUGAGAUUUUAAGAAUCCAAGCAGAUCUCAGUGCCGCUGCACAGAGGGCACAUGAGCUGAGCCAGCAGUUUGCUGAUGCCACACAGCAGCUGGAAGCACUUCGCUCACACCUGGAGCACUCUGAUGAGGAGAAGAACCAGCUCAUGGCUACUAACAAAGAAACAGACUUGAAACUGGAGGAGAGCGAGCAACACAGAGCAUCACUGGAGGAGGAACUGCAGCUGGUGAAGGAUAUGGAGGAGAAGCUUGCUGACAGUGAAGCUUCCAGAGCCACAGAGGAGGAGAUCAGUAAAGAACUCCAAGAACAGCUGAGCCAGCUGACUGAAGAGCUUCAGUGUGUGCGAGCAGAGAAAGACGCUCUCCUGUCUGAGCAGAGUGUGGGAGUUCAGAGCUCAGCAGAGGAGACAGAGAAGCUGUUCUCUACAGUCACAUCUCUCACUGCAGAAAGAGACCAGCUCAACAGGCAGUUACAGGAAAAUGUGGAGAUGGCUGCAGAGACUCAAGGUCUUUUCCAAUCUCUUCAAGAAGAACUUCAAGAGCAGAAGCAGAAGAAUGCAGAUCUGUUAAAACUCCACGAGGAGAAGGAACACAGUGCCGAGAGAAAUGCCGGUGUUCAGAGCUCAGCAGAGGAGACGGAGCUUCUCUCUACAGUCACAUCUCUCACUGAAGAGAGAGACCAGCUCAAGGAGGACCUCCAGGAGAAUGUGGAAAUGAUGAUUGAGAUUCAGGAGGAGCUGAGGGCAGCCCUGGAGAAGAAUCAGGAGCAGAAGGCGCAGAUCAAACAGCUGGUGACUGCACAAGCAUCCAGCUCAGAUGUACCUCCCAGUGACAUGAGUGUCGAACUACUGGAGCUGCAAACACAUAAUCAGAGGCUGACUGAGGAGCUUGAGAGUGUGCGAGCAGACAGAGACAGUCUGCAGUGUGAGAGGACAGCUGACCCUCAGACUGACAGAGACCAGAUGAAGGAGCUGCUGAGCAGAGUGACUUCUCUCAGUGAGGAGAGAGAUCAGCUGCAGGAGAUACUGGAGGGACUGAGAGAGGAGAAGAAGCAGCUCAAAGCAGAGCUGGAGGACAGGAUGGACAUGGUUGUACAAUCCCACACUGGCUUCAACCAGCCAGAAAUGCUGAGCUCAGAACUGCAAGCACAAGAUGAGACAGCAACACAACUUCAGCAAGAGAUAGAGAAACUCCAAGCUACUCUACAGGCCGUCAGUGAGCAGAAGAGCCAGGUGGAGGCUGAACUACAGCGUAACAUAGAGAUGGCUGCAGUGACUCAGACCCUUCUACAUUCACUUCAAGAGCAGCUCCGGGUGGAGAGUGAAAGAAACCUCGAAUUGGAAAGAUUAGGUCAAGAGCAGCAAGCUCAGCUACAACAACAGGCUGCAGAGACUCAAAGUCUUCUACAUUCUCUCCAAGAGGAGCUCCAAGAGCAAAAGCAAAAGAACUCUGAUCUGGUGGAACUCAAGCAGAAGGAAUGCGAUUUAGAGCAACAUAUGAAGACUCUAACUGAAGAGCUUGAAAGUGUUCGAGCUGAGAGGAAUUCCCUGUUGUUUGAGAAGGAAUCCAGCUGUUCAACAUCCACAGAGGAGAUGCUGGAGGGGCUGAGAAAGGAGAAGAAGCAGCUCAGAGCAGAGCUGGAGGACAGGAUGGACACACUACAAACUGAGAUGAGGACUUUAACAGACAGACUGCAGAGUGUGGAAGAGGAGAGAGACAGUCUGCUCUCUGAGAAGGAAUCCAGCUGUCAGACAUCCACAGAGGAGAUGAAGGAGCUGCUGAGCAGAGUGACUUCUCUCAGUGAGGAGAGAGAUCAGCUGCAGGAGAUGCUGGAGGGACUGAGAGAGGAGAAGAAGCAGCUCAGAGCAGAGCUGGAGGACAGGAUGGACACACUACAAACUGAGAUGAGGACUUUAACAGACAGACUGCAGAGUGUGGAAGCAGAGAGAGACAGUCUGCUCUCUGAGAAAGAGGCCACUUCUCCAACAUCCACAGAGGAGAUGAAGGAUCUGCUGAGCAGAGUGACUUCUCUCAGUGAGGAAAGAGAUCAGCUGCAGGAGAUACUGGAGGGACUGAGAGAGGAGAAGAAGCAGCUCAGAGCACAGCUGGAGGACAGGAUGGACACACUACAAACUGAGAUGAGGACUUUAACAGACAAACUGCAGAGAGUGGAAACAGAGAGAGACAGUCUGCUCUCUGAGAAGGAAUCCAGCUGUCAGACAUCCACAGAGGAGAUGAAGGAGCUGCUGAGCAGAGUGACUUCUCUCAGUGAGGAGAGAGAUCAGCUGCAGGAGAUACUGGAGGGACUGAGAGAGGAGAAGAAGCAGCUCAAAGCAGAGCUGGAGGACAGGAUGGACACACUACAAACUGAGAUGAGGACUUUAACAGACAGACUGCAGAGUGUGGAAGCAGAGAGAGACAGUCUGCUCUCUGAGAAAGAGGCCACUUCUCCAACAUCCACAGAAGAGAUGAAGGAGCUGCUGAGUAGAGUGACUUCUCUCAGUGAGGAGAGAGAUCAGCUGCAGGAGAUACUGGAGGGACUGAGAGAGGAGAAGAAGCAGCUCAGAGCAGAGCUGGAGGACAACAUGAACACGACCGUUGCCAUCCAGGAGAAGCUGAGCGAGCAGGAGCAGAUAAAUGUUCAGCAGCAGGCCGAGAGAGGAAAACGAGAGAGCAGGCUUCAACAGGAAGUGCAGCAGCUCGAAGAAAAGCUGAAGACAUUCAGAGAGAAGCAAACCCUCGAUGAAGCUGAAGCAUAUGCCUCACAGCAGUCGCUCAGUGAUGUGAACACAACCGUCACAUCCAUCAAAGAGAGAACGUCAUCACGGCUGCAGGAUUCCGAUCUGCAGCUCCAGGAGUCCUUCAAGAGAUUCCAGCACUUUAAAGACAUCUGCUCCAAGAAUUACUCCGGUUCUCUGGACAGAGCUCUGACAGUGCAGCGCUCCCUGAAGCCUCAAGAAGAAGAAACCUUCCUUCCUAAACACACCAUGAACACCUACAGGGCCGUCGGUCAGCUGAAACUGCAAACUGCUGAGAUUCUGGGAAAUAUUUGGGAGCACCUGCAGAUGCGUGCUCAGGGCUACAAGAAUCUGUUUGAGGGGCUGGUGAAGAAAGACUUGGCUGUGUUUGAGGAGAGGUGUCUGCAGGAUGUGCUGCAGUGCAGAGCUCAGGCCCCCAGCUCCUCCAUCAAAGAUGAAGGUUUCAGCACAAUGUGGGAACACAGACUGACUGAGCUGCUGGAGAAGAGACGGGACUACCUACAGAAAAUGAGCAGCAUUCUGGAGAAGCUCUGGGCAAGCAUAGCUUCUUACCCCCCUGAGCUGUUAGCUGAGAUCAAAGAGGAGGAGAAGUUCAAGGAGCAGUUCCAGGCAGUGUGCACCAAGCAGCCAAUCAGCUUCAGCAGCCUGGACAACAUCCUGAGCUGUUAUCUGAACCGCAGAACUGCAGUGGCCCAGCGCUGGAAGAUGACUCUGCAGAGCGUCAUAGAUGAGCAGCAGGGUCUGUGUGAGGAGCUGGAGCAGCUGGAGGCUCAGGCUGAGUCUCAGCUGAGAGAGGAGAGGAGCAAGAGCUUCACUCUGCAGCCGGCUCUGCAGGGAGCUCCACGGAAGACUGAGCUGUCCCUGCUCAAAGACAACCAGCAACUCGCUCUGCAGCUCCAACAAGCUGAGGAGAAAGUUAAAGCUCUGUGUGCACAGAAUGAGCAGCUGGAGGAGGCUGAGAUCAAAGCCAACAGCAGAGUGUCCAACCACAAACAGGCCACCCAGUUGCUGCAGACUGAACUGCAGGACAGCCGCGCACAAGUUGAAGAGCAUGAAACCACAAUCCAAUGCCUCAAGAGCAAACUGAGAGAAUCUGAGACAACUCCAUCCAGUAUUGAGCUGGAAAAACUGCGGACUAAACUGUUCAAAAUGGAGAUGGAGCUGAGUUCAUCAUCUGAUCAAUACAAACAAGAGAUCCAGAGGAUGACCACGGUGCUCAAUGAAAAGGAAGAGUCACUGAGGAAGCUGAAGGAAACCCUGAGGAAGUCACAGCAGCAGGGAGAGGACUCAAUCCUACAGGGUGAAGACAUUCAUGCCAGGCUGACUAACCCCAGAGGUCUGCUGAUCAAGAGCAGCGUUCACCUGGAGAAGACCAAACUGGAAGAUGAAGUCAGACAGCUUCAACUGAAGAUAAGCGAGCUGGAGAGCUUGGUGUCCAGUCAGCACGCAGAGAUCAACAAGUGGAAGAGCAGAGCCUUCAAGCUGAAGACCAAGACCAAGCUGGACAAGCCUCCAUCACCCUGUACACCCACCAAGAGGGGCUUGCCCAUGACCUCAGACUCCUCCAACUUCCUCAACUCACCCAAAAAGAAGGUCCUGGACUCUCCCAGGAAGCUGCUGGAUUCUCCCAAGGUCUCUCUGCAAGACUCUCCCAAAAGCAGAUUCUUUGAUAUAGGUGGAAGCUCGGAGCUGCUGUCCAGAAGCUAUCCCAAACAGUUCUUUGAUAACUCCAACCUAGGGACCAUUCCAGAUGCAGCUGCGGGUGGAGACAGACAGGAGUGGUGGCCUCAGUCUCCAAACCAACAGGAAAUGUGUAAACAACAGUGAAGACUUCCACAUGUGCAAUAUUAUAUAUAUAUGUCUUUUGUC